CACAAAAUGGAUCACAUACUAUUAAUCCAAAUAGUUCUAGCACUUCUGAGUUGUAUACGAUUAACUAUACAAGAUACAGAAAAUUACAAGGCGAUAAAACAACAAGUAGAAGCUUUUAUUGACGAUGAUACAGAACAACUGAAUGAAUUGACAAGAACCAUGAAAAUAACAGAAGGGCAAAUAGUCAAGAAAAUAGAAAAUAUUAACAAAAUACUAUCUGCUAAAGGCCAAACAGUUAACAAAUAUUUCGCCUGUCAAAACAAGCAUUUUGAAGGGAAGACUGGAGUGGAACUAAUGAAAACAUUCAAAGAAAUCAUUCGAAAGAUUGAAGGAGAUUUACCUAUAAAAUUGAUAGAUUUUUCAAAGAAUAAGGAGUGUCUUGAAAAUCGAAUGAAGAAUUAUACACGAAUGACUGAAGAAAAUAACUUCGAAGUAUGCCAAAGACUGAAACCAAAUAUUACAUCAUUUGAACUUUCGUCUAUCAAUACAAUGACUUCAAUGGUAUACAACGAAAUUCAGCGAAUAAGUGAAUUAACUUUUAAGCGAAAGGUUUAUGAGGAUAUCGCAAUGAAACUUAGUAUGAUAACAGUAUAAGGAAUUAAUAUUUACUUCAGUUUUUCUUCAGAGGGAUUCAAUGUUUGAAAAUUUGCUCAGUUAUCAUUUACGGUUCUUAUAAACCUUAAUGUCAAGAACAGUAUACAAUAACGUUAUAUAAGUUAAUUGUAUGAGUAAAUAAAAUUCUAUUAAAUAUA